AUGGAGCGACAUCAAAAGCGACAGCGAGUCGAUGAUUUGGAGCAAAAUGAUGCGCCUACAUCACUAUCGGCUCCCAUUAGUCCCCCUCGCAAGAGUCAGCGUCGUGAAUCUGAGCGGCUGGCCUCACCAUGGCAAUUAACCUGGAUACGGGAUCUUCCUGAGGAACUCAACUGCGACGCUGUUACCUUGAAGGAUCUUCUUGGCGAUCCACUCAUCAGCGACUGCUGGGAGUUCAACUACCUGCACGACGUUCCAUUCCUGAUGGACGCUUUUGACCAGGAUACAAGACAUCUUGUAAAUGUGCAUGUUGUCCACGGAUUCUGGAAAAGAGAUGAUCCACAUCGGUUGGCGCUCACGCUCAACAAGCUCAGCAACUGGGUUAUCUACGACCCAUCUUACACCACUGGGCCAACGACAGUCCAGACGGCAUUGACCUAUAUUCGCUAUAACGAGAAGGGUUCGAUUGACUGGGCCAUGCUUACAUCUGCCAACAUUUCAAAACAGGCAUGGGGAGAGGCCGAGAGGCCGUCGGGUGAGCUGAGAGUGGCAUCUUGGGAGAUUGGCGUUCUGGUGUGGCCCGGUCUGGUCGGCCAGGAUGUUUCAAUGGUCGGGACCUUUCAAUCUGAUGUGCCGAAAGAACCAAAGGAACAAGCUGAUUCCAAAACUGGUGCUGGCGGCGUCUUGAUUGGAGUCAGGAUACCUUAUAGCCUACCACUACAACGGUAUGGCGCUGGAGAAGUGCCAUGGGUUGCAACAAUGAAGCACGGCGAACCGGAUCGUUUCGGCCGGCAAUGGAUGGAAUGA